UAUAUAUGUGGACUUGACAGUAGCAGUACGUAGUAGGUGAGUGAAAGAGAAAAUAUAAGGCAGCCUAGCUUUCUAUUCAAGCUUUCAUACGAACAUGUCCUCUAUUUAGCUCCUCUUCUUGUUCUGUUACCCUUCUAUGAGGAGCAAGAUCAAUCAUUUCUGACAGAGUUUGUUCAAAACAAGACAAGAAAAGUUCUGAAGAUGACCAUGAUGAAAAAGGGUACAUGGAAAUGUAUCAUCUUGAGUUGUUACAAGACGGAGCCGUUGCCGGAAUCUGAAAACCAGGCCUUGACACAUAGUUCUUUUCGUAGACUAUCACUUUCAGAUGUGAAUAAUCCCAGUUCACCACUCUCUGUUGAAGAUCUCUCGAAUUCUUUCGCCGGCCCGAAACUUCAUAUUUUCACUUUUGCAGAGCUGAGAGUCAUCACACAGAGCUUCUCACGCAACAAUCUCCUCGGAGAAGGUGGGUUUGGUCCAGUGUACAAGGGGUUCAUUGAUGACAAGCUUAGGCCUGGAUUGGAGGCUCAGCCUGUAGCUGUCAAGUCACUGGACUUAGAUGGCAUGCAGGGCCACAACGAGUGGAUGGCUGAAAUAAUCUUUCUCGGACAGCUGAGGCAUCCACAUCUUGUUAAAUUGAUCGGAUACUGCUGUGAGGAGGAUCAAAGGCUUCUGGUUUAUGAGUACAUGCCCAGAGGCAGCUUAGAGAAUCAACUUUUCAGAAGAUAUUCAGCUACAUUGUCAUGGUCAACGAGGAUGAAAAUUGCAUUAGGAGCAGCAAAGGGCCUGGCUUUCCUCCAUGAAACUGAUAAACCUGUGAUUUUCCGGGAUUUCAAAUCUUCAAAUAUUUUGUUAGACUCUGAUUACACGGCGAAACUCUCAGAUUUCGGUCUUGCAAGGGAUGGUCCUGAAGGAGAAGAGACUCAUGUCACCACACGAGUAAUGGGUACGCAAGGUUACGCUGCUCCUGAAUAUGUCAUGACUGGUCACCUCACAACCAUGAGUGAUGUGUACAGCUUCGGGGUAGUUCUGCUAGAGUUGUUAACCGGUAAACGUUCCAUGGACGAGACACGCCCAGGCAGAGAGCAGAGCCUUGUAGAAUGGGUAAGGCCUCUAUUGAAGGAUCCAAACAAGCUUGAUAGAACUAUUGACCCAAGACUUGAAGGGCAAUUCUCCACUAGUGGAGCUCUAAAGGCAGCUGCAUUAGCUUACAAAUGCUUGAGCCAUCAUCCAAAGACUAGACCCACAAUGAGCUACGUGGUCCAAGUCCUGGAGUCUCUUCAGAAUUUUGAUGAUACAUUUGUUGCGCCAUUUGUGUACGUAGUGCCAAAUGAAAAUGGCAGCCAGAAAUGCUUUGAAAUGGAGGCAGGAGUCAAAACUGAAGGAGAAAACGACGGAAAUGAAGACAAUGACCACCACAAAACCAGGCACCGUCACCGUCGCAGUUGGAGACAUCGGAUCAAGCUGCCUUUACCACGAGUAGCUUACUCAGAUUCUGCUCUAUACGAGAAUAUUGGCAAUGGUUUUAUCUCUCCCUACACUCCCAGAAAGGAGGAGGCAUAGACAUCAUAAAAGCAAGUACAUAACAAUGCCCAUUAAUUUUGUUUUUCCCCACUAAGAAUUGUUACAUAUCCUUCUUUGAGUUUUUACAAGAAAAGAGAUACGAGGAACAUUGCUCAAGUUGUAGGAAAAGCUGCACUGUAAUAAAAGUAUAGAUUUCUGCAAA